UGGGGCUGAGUCUGGUUCGAGUUGGCGGUAGCAAAUUCCUUCUUUUUUUGCACUGUUAUUUCCCUGCCGCCGCCUCCCUCUCCACCCACUCCCCGCCCCCCCCCCCCCCCCCGGCAAUCCCGCCCGACUUGCCUAUCCCCUGCGUAGUCCUGCCUUUGCUGCAUUGCACCCCGAUCCGACCAUGGCGCCCUCUUUUCGGCCCAGCAAGACCCGCCCGAGCCGGGACGAGGAGGAUUUCUAUGAGGCCAAAGGAGACCGGAAGGCGAGGAAGCCGCUGGUGGAGAAGAAGCGGCGGGCGCGGAUCAAUGAGAGCCUGCAAGAGCUGCGGCUGAUCUUGGCGGACGCGGAGGUAACUCUCCGGCUUUGGGGCAGAGGUGGGGCUGUGCGACGGGGGGGGAGAGGAAAUAGUGACAAACUGCAGCGGGAGGCCAGUGAGCGAUUUGCAGCUGGGUACAUUCAGUGCAUGCAUGAAGUUCAUACAUUUGUUUCCAACUGCCCUGGGAUUGAUUCCACCAUUGCAGCGGAGCUGUUGAAUCACCUUCUGGAGUCCAUGCCUCUGAAUGAAGGCAGUUUCCAGGACCUCAUUGUGGACGUCUUGUCGGAUCCUUCUGUCAGCCAGUGGCCUAGCGGUGAAGGGUUCCCUCAAAUACCUGGAGCAUCUCCUGGAGUUCUAAGCCUGCCCAGUCCCACUUCACCUCUUCUUUCGCCUUCUCCCAGCGAAGAAGUUUGCUCUGAUCUUGAAGACACAGAGGCUGAGCAAAGCCACAUCUCUUUGGAUGGACUGGACAGGUCUAGGACGCACAACAUGCCUUCCUCCAGCCUUUCCAAAUCUAUGUGGAGACCUUGGUAGUAAAGGAACUGUGACAAAGGAACCAACGAAGAUCUACCUAUAGGGAGAAUACUUGAGCACUGUGUUCUUCUAGCCAAUGGAAUAUAGACGGUGAGGAUUUCAGAUGGUGCAUUUGUGUUGUGAUAUUGCUGUAUUUCAAGACUGUAUAGAUGGCAUUCUUACACUGUCAAACCCUGACAGGCUAAUAGCUGGAUGUGCUAACAUUUCAUCUGUAUGUGUGAGGGAUGAGUUUUGUAAGCCCUGGUUUCUUUUAUUAGGGGUGUGGGAUUUAAAAGGAUGGAAGCGUGCAAGCAGAGAGCUCUUUUGAUGAUGAUCUAUAACAGUGUUUUGCAACUUAUUUCUAUGUUUCUUUUGGGUUUUUCUGGGGUGGGGGGUUGGCCCUAAUAAGUGGCCCAGAUAUCACUACCUUUUUUAUUUGGUUAGGCAGAAGCUGUUGUGCAUUUGAAAACUUCAAUGCAACAAAAGGUAUUAAGUUUUAACUGUCUGUGCACAACUUCAGUUUUUCUAGUGAUAGCAUAAAAAGGAAAAUCCCUGAAAGGGAUUGGUGAGGCUAGUCUAAUGAAGAGUUUAGUGGUCUAGGAUCUUGCCUUCAGUGAAGGGAGAGAAAACUAGAGGCCAGACUGGAAUUAGGUGAGCAACUAAAUAUUGGUGGCAGGGUGCCUUCUAGAAUUGUUUCUUAUGCACAUCUUCUAGUGCAUUUGGAUUUAUUGUGGUAUGUAUAUUAGCUUGUCAAAUGUUUUAUUUUUAAUCUUUUAAUAAAAAAACUAAAUUCACCAAUGAUUGCAUGUAUUUUGGGGUGUGGCGCUUGUGCUCUAGAAACUCAGUUCAUGUUAGCAAUUAACCAGUAAUAUAUCCUUGAGUGCAAAUGUUGGUAAUUAAGCACUUAAUUCUUGUACUGUACUUGUCUGUUCAAGUAUGGGCAGUGGGAACGUUCCAUUGGUUCAGGAUUCUUGGGCUAAUGCAGGGGUGAUGGGGUUGGAGUUUGUUUUAAUUUGGGGUGCUACAUUCCUGGCCUUGAUUAUGUACAUUCCGAGUUUUAAGUUGUCACUUAAUUGGUCUUUAUGAGUUUUUUAAAAGAAAAAAAAAUCUGCACUUGUGCUGGUCUGAGCCUUGUGUGCAUUCCCUUUGAAGUAAGCCCCACUGUGUUCAGUAGGGUCUUCUCCUAAGAUGGUGUGCAUAGAAUUGCAGCCUGGUGAAACCUCUCUCUGAUUGAAUGAAAAACCUUUAAAUGACAUGCAGUGGAGUAGAAAGCUCAGCAGAUCUGCUAUGGUGUUAGCCUUCCUCCAGGUAAAACCAGUCUCUGUUUUUGUUUUGUUUUGGGAGAUGUGUGAGCUGUUUGUGCUGUUACCUUUCCACAGAGCUGUCUUUGUAACAUAGACCAAUGCUGUAAAGUUACUUAACACAUGCAAGUGUCCCAGCAUCGCAAAAGGGGGAGGAUCAAAAAUAAGAUAGGGAACUAUAGCUAUGUCAUCUUCCUUUUUGUUAAUCAUAUGGAAUAAUAAAAGUGGAAACUGUCAUUAUUGGUAGAUGUGUGCUUUGUAACUGUCUUUAAGCCGUCUGAUGUGGAUGCUCUAAAUUCAGAGCCUGUCAAAAGGGUUGUUUCUCUCUGACUGUGCUAAAUUCUCACCUACCUUUGAACUAGAAGGCCCACACCCUUCCUCCCCACCACCACCCCUGUAAAUACUUUCUUGCUUUUACAGUGGAAACGGACUGUUUUGAUGUGUAAACUAAGCAAUAGUUUGGACAGUUCAAGUGGAAAUAACAUCCUAUGCAUAAUGACUUUGAGAAACAGCAUGGAACUCUGGAUAUAACCUGUAAUUAUAGUAGCCUGGCUUAAUUUAUUUGAUUUCAAUGAAUUUUUCUUUUAAGUGGGAAAAAAGUUCCUUUAAGGUCCACACGAGUAGAACUUUCAUGGAUUGUGUGUGUGUGUUUAAAGGCAGCACUUCAGUGAGUAAAAAAGAAAUAAGAACUUUAGUCCUCAUUAGUACUCUGGAAGAGAAGCAUAAGAGUGUCAAACCCAUUGGAGAAUCAUGUUCUCUACCCAACAGAUACCUUUAGUUUUUAUCCAUAAUGAAGAGCAGCAUCCCAAUUAAAUUUAAUGAAGACCUCAAUUCAGCAUCAGAUAGCUGUUUUGAUUGUAGUAGGUGGUAUACAUUCUGCUUCUGUUUUGCCAAGUAAGGUGUUCUUGAGGUCUUAAAUGUUAUUUUGACUUGGUGUAUUUUGAUA